GACCACCAACCUCUGACCCCGUCGCCCUCCACGUCGCCGCCUCCUUCUCCCCCGCCGACGUGGCCGCCGCCUCCGCCACCACCACCGCUCCCCACCUCCCCGUGACCUUCUCGAUCUCCCCGCCUAUUUAUGCUCGUCUCGUCACCCGCAGCAGCAGUAGCAGCAGAAGAACUGAAGAAGAGUGAUCUAGCUAGCUCGCUCGCCUGAGUUCUUUGCUUCAAUUCGAUCCUCGCUAAGCUUCCUCCAGCUCGAUCGAUCUCUCUCUGCGUUUUAGUUGGUUAAUUUUUGUGUUUGAGUUAUUUGCAAUGGCGGCCGCUACCAUGGCGCUGAGCAGCUCCUUCGCCGUCGCCGCCGCUGCUGCUGGUGGCGCGCCAUGGCGUGGUGUCGUCUCCGCUGGCCGCGCCGCGCCUCGCCGGCGUGUCGCGCUCGUCGUCAGGGCCCAGUCCGAGCCGGAGGUGGAGCCGACGAAGGAGGAGACGGCCACGUCGUCGUCGUCCCCGUCUCCGGCGACGACCCCGACUCCGAGCCCCGCGGCGGCGGCGCCCAAGGCGAAGCCGGCGGCGAGCACGAAGCUGUGGGACGUGCUGGCGUUCAGCGGGCCGGCGCCGGAGCGGAUCAACGGGCGGCUGGCGAUGGUGGGGUUCGUGUCGGCGCUGGCCGUGGAGGCGUCGCGCGGCGGCGGGCUCCUGGACCAGGCCGGCAGCUGGAGCGGGCUGGCGUGGUUCGCCGCCACCGCCGCCGUGCUCUCCGCGGCGUCGCUGGUGCCGCUGCUCCGCGGCGAGACCGCGGAGGCGAGGAGCGGCGGCGUGAUGAGCGCCGACGCCGAGCUCUGGAACGGGCGGUUCGCCAUGCUCGGCCUCGUCGCGCUCGCCUUCACCGAGUUCCUCACCGGCUCGCCGCUCGUCAACGUCUAAUUUAAUUAAUUAAUUAAUUAAGCUGUACGUACAAUACGUGCAUGUACGUAUGCGUGUACUGGGUAGAUAGCUAGGGAUGUGUAUGUAUGCACUGUAGCCAAUAGCAAGCUUGAUAGUGCUUGGUGUACUACCUUGGAAUUUGAAAAAGGAAUUCAAAUUUUGAAACUCGCAAAAUAUUCGUGGGAAA